AUGCUCGGAAAUGCAGACGACCUGGAAUACUAUAUGCUUGUUCUCGAUGGACACCUGGACGACAUGGACGAAGAUCAUGAAUCGUUGACUGAAUCCUGGCUUGGCAGGGCAAGGAUAUAUGAGCGUCCCGAAGAUUAUCGAGACUACCUCAACCCAAGACCAAGCGAAGCGAAGGACAAGAAGCGUAGACAGAACCCGUUUGCCAACGUCAAACCCCAGGCUGGUGCUCGCGCUACUACUCUCACAGGAAAGUCAUUCUCAAUAUCACACUCUCACGGAGACACGAUACCCAAAGUGAAAAGCGAGUCGAUAACCGUGCAAGCUCGCGUCACAUCAUGGAAGGCCCCCAAGAUCGAAGUUCCGACUUAUUCGCACUACACUAGGAUCAGGAACAACGUACUAGGUACCAAUACACGUCAACUGCAAGUGUGGCCGUACUUCGGAGAAGACAUCGAUGACGACGGAACCAUCCGCGAGAGGUACGACGUUAUCGUCGAGGAUCGGCCACGUAAGGUCCUCAUAUCCCAACAAGCCAGCUCUUAUGGCCCUUACUUCGAGGCAUUUCUCGAAGAAAUCGAAUGUCCAAUGGACUGCGUCCUCAAGUAUCUGCUCGAAGCGACCGAAGGCCCCGACGGCCUGUUCUCGAGAUUGACAAGCUUCUCAGACGAGCUCGAACUCAUACAUGAUGUAUUGAGCGCAAAAGAUGAAUUCUGCAAGGACGAUUUCAACCGCAAAAGCGCUAGGUGGGUCUCUGUAGCAUCGAUCAUUCCGGAAAUCGACGACGAGAUACUGUGGAGAGCUGCCCUAGCCUGCCACACAUUCUGGACCAUGACAGACUUCAGCCCUUGGCAGAUCGCACGAAAAUACGCCGAAUUUCCUGACAACGACAUGAUCGAAGGCCUUGUUAGCAUCGAGACAGGAAAGUCAUAUGACAGUAUCGCCUGCAGUAUCUGUCACAUCCAUGACUGUCCUAAUCACGGCACUAUACAUGAAAGACCAAACGGACGAGAAGAUAGCGAGGAUGACGCCGACUCGGUCGAUGCCCUGGACGUUGACUUCCCUCCGAGAGUCAACUUCAAACAACUUGCUACGUACCCCUUCGACCGAGAAUCCUCAGAGGAGAUUUAUCGAACACAGCCAAAGAAGUCAUUAGCUUGGUGGAUGAAUGAAGCUAACAGCGUCACCUGGGAUCAUAGUCGACGAGAUCAGACCAUAGACUCUCAGCGAAUGGGCAACAAGAUUCGCUUCAUCAACCACGCCACAAGACCUGGCCUUCGAAACGUUUAUCCCAAAAUCAAGCUCUGUAAUCUUGCUCACAGGAUUGGGAUGUAUGCUUCCAGGGACAUUGAGACCGGCGAAGAGCUAUUUUUCAACUACGGGGGCAGUUACCACGACAAGCUGUAUGGCGAGGAAGAGGAAAGCCGCAACAGGAACACGAAGGCCAAGGAUAAAGGCAAGGGCAAAGGCAAAGCUGUGAUGACCCAGAUUCGGCCCUCCCGGAAGACGUAUCAGGCUGAACCCCGGGUGGUAAUAGAAGUACCUCGGAGAGUGACCAAUGAUGCCUCCUACGCCGAGGUCAAUGAGGACGACGAUAGUGAAGACGAGCGCCCUACAAAACGGAUGCGGACAAAGAGACCGAGAUCUCCUUCAGUCAAGUCAGAAAGCGCAUCGCCAAAAAGAAUGAAAUUCAUCCCGCUGGAGGAACCCUCGCACAGAGAACCCACAACGACAAGAUCUGCCGCCAGAAAAACGGAGACUCGAUCACAUCGGAGCAGCAGGGCUCCAACAGCAGGCUCGUCCAAUCUCAAGGCUGCCGUGAAGUCAGCUCGCUCCUCGAAGCCCUCUGGUCGUGAGAGUCGCUCCGUGACAAUUAAGUCGGAAGACGAAAAUGAGCUUGAGCUCAUACGACGUAGUAGUCGGCCGAGAAAGGAGUCUAGAAAGCUCCGAGGAGACAACUGA